AUUCAUUGCCAGUUUUCCUUGGAACGUAGUAACGAGUAGAUCUAGAACCAAAAAUCAUCGGGAAGUAGCUAGUAGUAAUUUUUGGAGUAGUUUCCUUUCUUGCUGGGUUGAGUCCCAGUACUCAUUGCGGUGGGGUAGUGUGACAGUUUCGGUUCCGGAAGUCGGAAAUAAAGUGCUACUGCUAGUCGCUUCUUGUUUUGCCCAAGGUUUAUUCAGCUCGGUAACUCAGACGUACAAAUAAAGAGCAUGAUAUAGAGUUGAAGCCCGGCGCUGCAACUGCAUCCCAUCGGUGAAGUGGAUAAUUGUGCUUCCGUCGGCUGUGGUGUUGAGUUGCUGGCACUUUCGAACUAAUUAUGUGAUGGUUUCUUGUGUAGAAUAGUAGCUCGAAGUUUCGACGACUGCUGAACUUAGUUUGAAACAACAUCAAAGGGAACAAAAUGUUAUUCUAGUGUUCUCGUUACAAGAGGCAAUAGUUUAUCGAUUGGAGGAAAUGUUCCCGUUCGCGAUAUAGUGGUAGAUUUUAUUAUUUUUUCUCUUGCACUAGUAGGAGCAAACUCCACUUGCAACAAGCAACAGGUGGUGCUGCUUUGGUGGACAACGGGCACAGUGAGUAAGCAGCGGCGGUUGGCGCGGCCGAUCUUUGUUGUUGGAACAGGAGCCCGUCCACCAGCUCUAUGUUCGAGCUGGAUGACCCACGGGAAAAGCUAAGACUACUGGAGACACCAGUGAAGCUGGUCGAGAAUCCAGGCAACAUCGGUUCGGGCCUUAAGCUAUCCAAAGAUUCUGGCGGCUCAGGAGACGGCGGCGAAAACGGCGUCGACGCCGGUAGCGGUGAGAACGUCGCUCUGGCGAUGACCACCCUCGGUCAACUGAAGGUCGUUUCCAAGAAGGUUGGAGGACACUGUGUCGACCGAGGGGACUCAGAUCAGCGUGAAACAUGGUCCGGCAAGGUGGACUUCCUGCUGUCGGUGAUCGGAUUCGCCGUCGAUUUGGCCAACGUGUGGAGGUUUCCAUAUCUCUGCUACAAAAAUGGGGGUGGUGCUUUUCUCGUUCCAUAUAUCGUGAUGCUGCUGGUUGGUGGUAUUCCUCUGUUCUACAUGGAGCUAGCGCUAGGUCAGUUCAACCGAAAGGGUGCCAUUACUUGCUGGGGUCGGCUGGUUCCUCUCUUCAAAGGUAUUGGUUAUGCAGUCGUACUUAUUGCCUUCUACGUUGACUUUUACUAUAAUGUCAUCAUUGCGUGGUCCUUGCGAUUCUUUUUCGCAUCCUUCACGAGCCAUCUACCGUGGAAACUGUGUGAUAAUACGUGGAAUACGAUAUUUUGCAAAACGUUCGAGUUUGGUGGUCCCAAUCGGACCAUAGCAGCGACAGCCGAAACUUUUAAUGGUAGCUUAACUAAUGUUACCACCGUGGUGAUCAACGAAACGAGAUUUGCAUCGGCCGCUUCGGAGUAUUUCAACCGCUACAUUCUGGAGCUGGACAAGAGUGAUGGAAUUCAUGACCUUGGCACCAUCAAGUGGGAUAUGGCGCUCUGCUUACUGGCCGUCUAUCUGAUCUGCUACUUUUCGCUGUGGAAAGGAAUCAGUACUUCCGGCAAGGUUGUCUGGUUCACAGCGCUGUUCCCGUACGCGGUACUGUUGAUCCUGCUGAUAAGAGGCAUUACACUGCCUGGAUCGGCCACUGGAAUUCAGUACUAUCUGAGUCCGAACUUCGAUGUGAUAUACAAACCAGAGGUGUGGGUUGACGCCGCAACACAGGUUUUCUUCUCACUAGGACCGGGCUUCGGUGUCCUGCUGGCGUACGCUUCCUAUAAUAAAUACCACAACAAUGUCUACAAGGAUGCACUUUUAACAAGUUUCAUAAACUCGGCCACCAGUUUCAUCGCCGGUUUCGUGAUUUUCUCGGUGCUCGGAUAUAUGGCACAUGCUAGUGGUCAGAAUAUCGAAGAUGUUGCCACCGAAGGACCCGGGCUGGUGUUCGUGGUGUACCCAGCAGCGAUUGCGACAAUGCCCGGCAGUACAUUUUGGGCGUUGAUCUUUUUCAUGAUGUUGUUAACCUUAGGAUUGGAUAGUUCGUUUGGUGGUUCGGAAGCGAUCAUCACAGCUUUAAGUGACGAGUUUCCGAAAAUUGGGCGUAAUCGAGAGAUUUUUGUCGCUUGCUUGUUCACACUGUACUUCUUCGUAGGACUGGCCAGCUGUACUCAAGGAGGGUUCUAUUUCUUCCAACUACUGGAUCGAUACGCCGCCGGCUACUCGAUACUGAUUGCGGUUCUCUUCGAGUCUAUUGCCGUUUCCUGGAUCUAUGGCACACAGCGAUUCUGCGACGACAUCCGGGACAUGAUCGGUUUCUCGCCCGGUAUUUAUUGGCGCGUCUGCUGGAAGUUCGUCGCACCCCUCUUUCUGUUGUUCAUUAUCAUCUACGGUCUGAUUGGGUACGAACCGUUAAGCUAUGGAGAUUACGUCUAUCCACCAUGGGCGAACGUACUUGGUUGGUGUAUCGCCGGUUCGUCUAUGAUUAUGAUCCCUCUGAUGGCAUUUUAUAAGCUGGUUGUAACACCGGGAUCCUUCCGACAGCGAUUGAAAACCUUGACAACACCCUGGCGCGAUCAGCAGUUGGCAGUUAAUGGGGUCACGACGGAACCAGCACAGGUUCGGCUAACCAAUUCGGACGAGGGUGAAGAGGUUUGAGUGCAAACAUGUUCACUAAAGUUUGAUAUCUACUUUGUUUGAACACAUCGUAAUGUAGCAGGCUACAAAUAUUGUUGUUCGUUUCAAGUUACAGGGUUUUGUUUAUAGAUUAGUGGGUCGCGAUGAUUAUUUGAGAAGAAACUAGAGAUAGCUACAAACCGUUAGACUACAUACGAAUUUUUCAUUAGAGUAUACGGAUCAGUGUCUAAACCCACUCCUGGAGUGGUCAAUCGGGAUCAGCGAAGCGCUAGAUUUUCGUUUUAGCUUAUAGGAUUAAGCUGAAAUGCUGUAUAGAUAAUAGAUCAUAAUGAUUUCAAGUAUAGAAAACAUGUAGGUGGGGACAACAACAAGCGAAUUGAAUCGUUUUUAAGCGAUACUGACAAACAUGUAGUUUUAUGCAGCUUUCCUGACAGAUGUGUGGACUGUACAUAAAUCACGCCAUAGCUGUCGGAAGCGUUGAGUUUUAGGUAUCAGGCAACGUUUUCGUUGGCAGGUAUCAGCCUGCGAAGUGAUUACUGUUUUUAUAUGGCCGUUGAUGAUAGAUUAUAGCCUGAGGGAUGCAUUCGUAGUUAUAAAUAGUAGGAAAUCAUACGGUGUAACUUCACUGGCUUAGACAUAGUUGGUAUGUUAUGUGUUCUCACUGAAAGGGGACUAAUGGGGCGCAUGCGCUAGGAUUCUCACUACUAUACACUGUUAGCUUUACAAUUUUUAGCAUUUCUUCACUUUUCUAUAGCAUACUAAAGGAGGCCCACGACGAAGGCGAGCUUUGCUACUGGGCAAAACUUGACAGCCAUAAAGCUUUGCCUGGAUAGAACGGCGUUCGCUGCGAGGCAGUUCGAAAUUCGUUAUCUUUCGAACUCGUUUUUGUUGCACUUUUUCUACGAGCUACUCUUGCAGUAUACAGUUUAAAGUUAACCGAAUUAGAAUUGCUUUAUAGAAUCGAAUAUAUUUGGUAGUUAUCAAAUCAUGUUGGAUAUUAGAAAGAUUAGGAUGAUAUUUUGAACAGUGAAUUUAUUAUACAGUAGGUACAGAAGUAAUAGCAGUGUGAUUAAGCUAGUAUAUACGUAGAACAUUUAGAGCAUCAUAAAAUAACAUGUAGUUGAAGCUUGUAUCUAACCGUAGCCACAAUCAAGCAGCAAUGCUAACUGUGUAAUCAUUCCGAAUUAAUUCGGCCUAGCGUAGGGUAAUUGUUGUGAAAAAUUGUUCCAUUAAGCGUCAGGAUAGACUAAAGCUCAUAACACCAACAACUUUAUUAUGUGAAACAGUUUUUGGGGAAGAAUCUCUAUGAGCGUUUCAGAUAUAAAGUAAAUCAUAUGUCGUAUACCUCGUUGAAAUGUUUGAGAGAUAUCGAUGGCCAACGGCAAGAACCCUCAUAUCGUACUCAUAUUCAUUGUUGGUAUUUUUUAUACAUGUUUAUAAUAUGUCACCGCACGCUCUGGAACGCUUUCUGUACAGCCAUUAGGAAGCGUUUCGGACCAUUUGUGAAACUUUACAAGCAAUUUUCGAUAGGAUUUCAUUUCCAUUUCAUCCACAGCCAAACUGAGCUAAAAACCUUUUUGAUCAGCCAUCGAGAAGGUUUUUACCAGAGGGUAUUACUGCUUUUAUGAUCAAAGAUGUUGUUUUAUGUCAUUUUUAUUAGGUGAAUUUUUUGAAACUUGAAUUUUUCACACCCCAUAACGACCGAAAAAAGUGUUCCCCUUUUAUAUGGAGAAAGAAAAAACAAAGCAGAUUGUUUUCGACGUAGAUAAAUAAAACUAGAGCGUAAACUAAGUACAGUGUUCCCCGUUUUGCCAACAUGCAAAUUUUUAGAGGUUUAGUCGCUUCGACCGAAUGCUUGAAACUUUAAACUGAUUGUUGUACAUUGUAAAACAUUGAGCACUGUAUACAUUGUACUGCGAAUGAUUGCGUUAAGCCGACCAGUAAGGUUUCGUGGGUAGCGUUCUGUUACUAGUGGUAAAUAAAUGGGUACUUCCGGAUUUGUAUCUGUAUUUCAAUAUUUAGUUGAAGUUUCGCUAGGGUGCAACCGUUUUCUUAUGGUCAGGUAUUGCCAACAACGAAUAAGUAUUUACAAGCGCAGCAGCAGAGAGCUUUUAGUAGUUACGGUUGAGAAUAUUUUUAUUAUAAAAAGAAACAAUAAAUUGUUGGCUAUUAGUUGUAAUCUCUCUCUGUUCAAAUUUGUAUUCAAAUAUUGUAUUCUUAUGUAACAACGUAUUUUAGUUUAUUUUGCAAUAAAGUCCAUUGAGUUUUAAGCUAUACAUA